AUGCGAGUCGCAACUCAUACCGCAUUCCUGCUAUCAAGCAGCCUCGUACUUGCUGCGGUUGCGGUUGCAGCUACAGCUACUUCGGGCCAGCCCAUCAUCAUUGACACCGACCUGUUCGGCGAUGUUGAUGAUGUUGGUGCGUUGACAAUUGCCAACGUUCUGCACAACUGCGGUCUAGCAGAGCUUAAAGGUAUUGCCAUCAACACCCAGUCACAGUACGGUGCUCCAGCAGCUAGCGCCAUCUGCUCAUACUUUGGGAACGGAGAUGUACCGGUCGCUGCGAUCCGUCCCUUGACAAAUGAGACUUUCUUCGACGAUUGGGAUUACGUGAGAGGCGAAUAUGCUAGCAAAGUGGCCUACAACUGGCCUGGAACUCUCACCAAUGCUUCUCUCGCACCUACCCCUGUCGAGCUCUACCGGUCGAUUCUCGCCUCUGCCGACAACCACAGUCUACACAUCAUCUCCAUCGGAUUCCUCACCAAUAUCGCGGACCUGAUGCGAUCAGAAGCGGACGACUUAAGCCCGCUGGGGGGUGUCGAGCUACUGACAGCCAAGGUCAGUGAGUUGAUCAUCAUGGGAGGUCAAUAUCCUUCUGGCUGGGAGUACAACUUCGGGGGAAGCGACCCAAACAGCACCAUCUAUGUCAUUGAGAACUGGCCGGAAACGGUGGCGGUGACCUUUUCCGGCGGCGAACUGGGCGGCAGCAUAUAUUCCGGGCAGAGAGGUUUGAACGAAGCACCGUCCGACUCUCCCGUCGUUUCCGCCUACCAGUGGUACGUUGCUCGCGGCUCCGUUGCCCGUGAGACUUGGGAUCCCAUCACCGUCCUGUACGGGAUUCUAGGCCUUGACAAGUUUGCAAAAAUCGGGUUGCGGCCUUUUCUGGCCUAUGCGAAUGACUACGGAUAUAACAGCAUUACCGCGACCAAUGGGUCAAAUGCCUGGGUCAACGACACGAGUGUUACAAACCAGCAUUGGCUGAAAUUGGACGACCGAGUCACAAACUCGAGCAUGGCCUGGCUUAUUGACAACUUUCUCGUGCACCCACCCGGCAUGUCAACUUGCCUCGUAUAG